GCGGAGGGAAGGGUUUGAGGAAUGAGUCAAAGCUGGCUGAUGGUGGUGUUGUGGGGUUCAGUUCAGUGGGAGAAGUAGGAAGUGGUUAUUUAGGAAGGAGGAGAGCAGGGGGGUGGGCAGUGGCGGGAAUCCGCCUGCGGCUUGGAGCAGCUCCCCUGCUAAGCGGCUCCCCUUGCUCAUCAGGGUUGUUUUGAUCCCUUCAGCCCCAAGCCCCUGGCCGGGGCUGUGCAGAGCUCUGCCUCCCUGAUGUGCCGUUCCCAUCCGCUGUCUCCCCACAUGCAUUGAUUGAAUAUGUCAUGCUCCCUCCUAGCCCCAGGGCCCAGCCAGCUCCCCUCUGAUUCCUGUUCCUGCUGCAGAGUGAAGGGGGCCUGGGCUUGCCAUGAGCCAGGUAUAGGGGUCAGGUGGGGGGGAGGGGCGCAGAGCUCCCAGGAUCGGGCCCGGUGUCAGAGGUGGGGGUGCAGAGCUCCCAGGAUCGGGCCCGGUGUCAGAGGUGGGGGGGGGCACCCAGACUCCGGAGAGCAGGAGGCAGAGCCAAGGGGAGAGAAUCAGCCAGCCUCUCACUGGCCCGUCCAACGUGGCUGGCAGGGAAGUGGCUCGUGGGGUGAACGAGAGGAACCCCCUUGGGGUGGGGGAGCCGGGGAAGCAGCAGCCGAAAGCCAGACCCUGAAGAGGCGGGAAUGAAGCAGAGCCUCGUGACUGCUGGCCUGGUGCUGAGACAGCUCAAACGCCUGGCACCAGGAAUGCAGCUCUUCAGCUGAGUCCCUUACGCUGUGGCCCCGUAUCAAAGCGAGCCCCUAUCUGCUGGAGAAGGGCUGAACGUGACUCUCUCCUGCAAUGAUGAAUGUCACCGCGCUGCUGGCCAGACAGCCUCCUGCCCGACUUCCUCAAUCCAGCCAGCAUAAAAAGAACUAGCAGGCGAGCAGGGCUGCAGCAUCCCGGCUCUCAUCUCUGCCCGGUGUCUCUUCAGGGCACGGAAAAGAGGUUGCUAACUUUGGUAUUCGAGAGCAGCCACGACUUACAGGAUGUGGUGGAUCAGCCUCCUAGCCCUGCUGCUCCCAGCAGUGAAGGCCAGCGUGUACCCGGAGGAGGCGCUGGAUUCCCAGUGGGAGCUAUGGAAGAAAACCUACCGCAAAGAGUACAACGGCAAGAUGGACGAGCUCUCGCGGCGGCUGAUCUGGGAGAAGAACCUCAAGUACAUCGCCACCCACAACCUGGAGUUCUCUCUGGGCACCCACACUUACGAACUGGCCAUGAACCACCUGGGGGACAUGACCAGCGAGGAGGUGGUGCAGAAGAUGACGGGGCUGAAGGUCCCUCCGUCGCGUGGGCCCAGCAAUGACACGGUCUACGUUCCCGACUGGGAGGAGAGGGUGCCGGACUCGGUGGACUGGAGGAAGAAGGGCUACGUGACGCCCGUGAAGAACCAGGGCCAGUGCGGUUCCUGCUGGGCUUUCAGCUCCGUCGGGGCCCUGGAGGGGCAGCUCAAGCGGCAGACCGGGAAGAUGCUGUCUCUCAGCCCUCAGAACCUGGUUGACUGCGUCACCAAGAAUGAUGGCUGUGGGGGUGGCUAUAUGACCAACGCCUUCGAGUACGUGAAGGAGAACAGGGGCAUUGACUCAGAGGACUCCUACCCCUACAUCGGCCAGGAUGAAACCUGCAUGUACAGCCCUACCGGAAAAGCCGCCAAGUGUCGUGGGUACAAGGAAAUCCCAGAAGGGAAUGAGAAGGCCUUGAAGAGAGCUGUGGCCAGGGUGGGGCCUGUGUCUGUGGGCAUUGAUGCCAGCCUGUCCUCUUUCCAGUUCUACAGCAGAGGUGUGUACUACGAUGAAAGCUGCAACGCUGAGAACAUCAACCACGCAGUGCUGGCCGUGGGAUACGGCACCCAGAAGGGCAGCAAGCACUGGAUCGUCAAGAACAGCUGGGGAGAGGGCUGGGGCAACAAGGGUUAUAUCCUGAUGGCCCGGAACAUGAACAACGCCUGCGGCAUCGCCAACCUGGCCAGCUUCCCCAAGAUGUGAGCCCGCUGCCCCGAGCACUGUUCCAAAGCAGUGGCUGGAUUCCUGAGCUGGCAUCGUGGAGUAUCUGCAUCUCUGACUCAGCGUCCGGGGCUGUCUCCUCCUCGGCUUCUGUACUAGCCUUUUGUGCUUGCCAUUUUUUAUACUCUGCCCUUCUCCUCUUUUGAUCUGCAAAGUCUGACGAGGGAUCGUCCCUGUUCUAUGAACCCCCCCCACCCCAAAAAAAAACGUAAUCAUCUCCCUCUCCCUGGGAUGCGUGGGUGAAAGAACACAGACGCCGUUGCUGGGAUUAGAACUCUCGCCCAGCAGCUCCAGAGGAGCAGGGCUCUACCCAUAUGAGCUGUAGAACUAUAGUCAUCGCGUCUCCUAAAUCCUGGAUCUGCUCCGUGUCCCCAACGUCCCUCAUUCGUAUGCAGCGGUCCGUUACAGCCUCUAUGAUGCACGCCCUGCUGCUGAGUUCUGUCCUGCCCCACCCCCCACUAUAGGGACACAGAUGAGAGGGAUCGCGUAACCCAGAUUCUGAAACCUUGGGAUGCAUCAGCAAAGUGGGGGGAGGUUGCCUGGAUUCCACCUCCUGGUGAGGUUCUGCAGGUGGCUUCAUGUUCCCCCUGUCCUGUCUGUCCUUCGUUCCACUGGAGACGUUACCUCGCUGGGGUUGGAAGGGGAGGAUGCUUUGCCUGUGUUUUGGCACAUAUGGCAACCACUGUGCCCACUCCGUAUCCCAUGCACACUUGCAGCCCUACUCCAGUGUGCCAGGUUCUGGUGAGACUGACAUGAUUUUAUUUUUAAAUAAACCCAGUUGGGAAUAACCCGU